AUGGCGUUACAAGAAAUAAGAGAAGAAGAGCACGAGACUGAGGGCGGUAAAGCCGCUGGUGAAAUGGUUAUUUUACGAGAAACGGGGGUAGCGCAGCACCCUGUAACGCAGGAGCCCGAUCUGCUUGGGCCUGGUGAUCCUGACGGAGCACCACCGGCUUCUAUCGGGCUUGGUGUUAUGAUGCAUAAAGCGGUGGUCCAUGAAGCGUCAGACGGCGUUUUGUUGCCACCACUACCCGAUGCGUCGCACCUGGGAAUGACCCGGCUUGGGAGCGUCGUUGGAGCAGAGAUUGCGCUCGAAAACGACGUGCAAGGUGCACGCGACGUUCGUGACAUCGGGAACGGCGAGAUAAGUGGUGUUGCAAGCGGUUUAACCGAGGUUUCUGCUACGCCAGGCGCGUCUGGUGCGCAUGGCGCGAAUUCGCCGCUUGAUUCUGCCACGACAAGUGAAAGCGGACUUAGCAGCGCCAUCGAGCUCGAUCCGGGUCCUGAUGGUGACGGUUUUGAUCUUUCCAAAGCCCUCGAGAUGGGACGUACCUCAACAGCUACUCCAUUACCGUCCAUGCCCAGUGGCCAAACGUCUUUGAAACCUGCUAAAACGGCUGCCGCGUCACCAAAACUGUCUUUAAAGAAAAAAUUCUCAACAUCGAUCAUUGCAUCGACAGGCAAUUCAACAACACAACCGUCCGGCGGAUCUGACCAAAAUUCAUUCCAAUGUCUGUCUCCGUCAAGCACAGGCAUGCAUUCUCACCAUCACCACCAUCAUCCAUUACAGCAUCCGAACCCCAUUUUAUCGGUACGAUCGUUCGAAUCGUCGCCGAAAAGCAGCAUUUUACCUCGUCUAAGUACCAGUAUGGACGCGGCUCACGACCAGAUCUCACAUAGUUCGUCUGCGGUACGAAGAGGGCAAGGAUCUCGCAAAUUCAGUAUCGGAAGUAGCGGUAGCUCUUCCCAUUCUUUUUACGACGGUGGCGAGUUCGCGUAUAGACCACCACCGACCUUAGUAGAGCACAAUGGUGGUUCGCAGGUGAGUUUGAGUGCACUUACUUCACCCGGGACCAUUGCUUUCCCGGCGAGCGGUGACAAAAUGGCUGGUCAUCCUAGCCCGAAGGGUAGUCCUUUACUGCGACGCGCGUCGAGUGCUAUCUUACGCAAAUCGUCGUUGACCCGGAAAGACAGUGGUAGAGAUUCACAGCAUGAACUGCGGUCUGUGUCCUCGUUUUCCGCUUUGCCUUACGAUACACAACCGCUUGCCAAACAAAGAUCGAAACCACGUAAGAUUUUGUCACUGCGUUCCAAUUGUGGCAGCCCUGCUCGCAGUCGUGCGGCCAGUGCCGCCGCCAGUCUUGCUGCCGCUGACGCAGUCGACAGUGGUGCACCCGAGUUGCCGCGCAAUGGUGAAUCCCGGUCCAUAUCCAACAAGCUAGGCAGCAAAUUUAGACGAGGACUGACGCGCAUGAUCAGUGGAUCCUCUUUACAGCUGGCAAACGCAACGGAGCGCGAGCACGAUCUUCAUAGAGGCGACACAGGGAGUGUUUCUUUGACACCGCGGUCAUUCGAGGACGGGUCGCCCUUAUUUGAAACGUUUGAAGACGUUCUUGGAGCCUCGCAAUCGCAGAUGACUUCAUUCGCGGACAACACGAGCGUGCAUAAGGGCGUUUUAGAUAGAUCUGUGAGCAGCAACGUCGGGUCUCUUCCGAAGCGAAUGCCACCUGUCAAACGCGCGGGAAGUGACGGCAAAGACGGCACGAACGUGAGCGUAUGUACUGCACGCAAUAACAGCGUGUUCAGUGGCACUAACACGAGCGGAUCCUCAAGCAAUGAGUCCGAACAAGAGGAUAUCACCGUCGAUAUCGAUGACCUUACAAAAAGCUUACCAGUAAUCACGGUAACAGAACAGCUGGGCGCAAUGAACGCGACCCCGAUCCAGGAGCAGUCGAAUUUGGCCUACGAUAUAUUCUACAAGCAUCAUCACCAUACCGCGAGUGACCCCCGCCGUCGCAAACCUGUUACGGACGUGUUAACCCCGCACAAAAUUUCGCUGCGCGAGUAUAUCGGCGUGCUUAUGAAACAGCAACAGGUCGAGGACGAACGAUUCGAGUUGCUGGAACGCAAUUUUUCCGCAAGUGGAUGGUGUUCUGAACAGGAUCUCACGAACCUUCGCCAGAAGCGAAUUGUCAUAAACAAGAAAUGGGCCGAACGUAUUUCAUUCUACCAAAACAAGCUCGAGGCAUAG